CGCGCCGGCGCCCGUUGGAAGCCAUGGCCCCGUCACGGCGCCUCGCGCCGCACCUGCCUGUGGGGAGCAGCCUCCUUCCCCCCCUCCUCCUCCUCUUCCUCCUUUGUGUCCAGUUCGGGGGAGGCCAGAAGAAGAAGGAGAACCUUUUAGCUGAGAAGGUGGAACAACUUAUGGAAUGGAGUUCAAGGCGCUCAGUCAUCCGCAUGAAUGGAGACAAAUUCAGAAGAUUUGUGAAGGCCCCGCCUCGCAACUAUUCAGUGAUUGUAAUGUUUACAGCUCUCCAGCCGCAGAGGCAAUGUUCUGUUUGCAGGCAAGCUAAUGAGGAAUAUCAAGUGCUGGCUAACUCAUGGCGCUACUCUUCGGCAUUUUCGAACAAACUUUUCUUCACUAUAGUAGAUUAUGAUGAAGGCGCUGAUGUUUUUCAGCAGCUCAAUAUGAACUCUGCUCCAACGUUCAUGCAUUUCCCUCCGAAAGGGAAGCCCAGGAGAGCUGACACAUUUGACCUGCAGAGAAUUGGAUUCGCAGCAGAGCAGUUAGCUAAGUGGAUAGCUGACAGAACUGAUGUUCAUAUCAGAGUGUUCAGGCCCCCAAACUAUUCAGGUACCAUUGCAUUGGCUCUCCUGGUGUCGCUAGUCGGUGGCUUACUCUACUUGCGGCGAAACAACUUGGAGUUCAUCUACAACAAGACUGGUUGGGCAAUGGCAGCACUGUGUGUCGUUUUCGCUAUGACUUCUGGCCAGAUGUGGAAUCACAUUCGUGGGCCCCCUUAUGCUCAUAAAAAUCCUCAGAAUGGGCAAGUGAGUUACAUUCAUGGAAGCAGCCAAGCACAAUUCGUGGCAGAGUCUCAUAUUAUACUGCUCCUGAAUGCUGCUAUCACCAUGGGAAUGGUUCUUUUGAAUGAAGCUGCUACCUCCAAAGGAGAUGUUGGGAAAAGGAGAAUUAUAUGCCUGGUGGGAUUGGGUCUCGUCGUUUUCUUCUUCAGUUUCCUGUUGUCGAUAUUCCGCUCCAAGUACCAUGGUUACCCGUACAGCUUCUUAAUUAAAUGAAUUCAAGUGGGAUUCACGUAAGGCUAACGUUUGCUACGAAGAUAAGCAGCUUCUGAUAGUAUCUGCUUACCAACAUUACAUUUCUUCAAGAGUCUUUGCUUGGUUCAUCUGCUUCCUGUGAUAAAAUUGCAGCAUUUGUGUGCAGAAGACAAUUUUGUUUUUGUACCUUAUUACCAAAAUGCUUCAUCUGAUUUAUAAUGCAUAGCAAACAUUGAAUAUCUAAGUGGAAGAUGUGAUAAACAGAAAUGAGUGGGAUAUGCUUGGUGGUCCCCAAUUUAAAUAAAGUUAACUUUAGUUGGAAAAGUCUUUUUGAUGUUGUUGAAUUGCAGCUGUAUUGACUUCUGAUGAAAAAAAAGUCAACCCAUUUUAGAGUAUGAAACUGUACUCUUGUGGCAGAAAGCAAUGUAAGAUUUAUUAGUACCAACCCAGGUUUGCAUAAUAAAGAAAAUGAAUGCUGAAUAAGUG